UUUGAAUUCCUCUCUUUGGAACAUUACAAUGACAAUCUCUGCAGCUUCUACCUUUGCCACUAUCAACGGUUCCGGUGGCCGGAAACCCAUAUCAUUGUGGCCCGGGAUGUACCAUUCUCCGGUGACCACUGCACUGUGGGAAGCGAGGAUCAAAAUAAUCGAGAGGCUUCUUGGAACACCAAGGGAUGCUCCACCCCAGAGUGAAUUGCUCACAAAAACCCCUUCACAGAGCAGAACCACCAUUUUCUACAACUUCUCUUCUGAUUUUGUGCUUAGAGAACAGUAUAGGGAUCCUUGGAAUGAGGUCCGAAUUGGCAAGUUGUUCGAAGACCUUGAUGCCAUUGCUGGAACUAUUUCUUUCAAGCAUUGUUCUGAUGAAGCUAGCACAACAAGGCCACUUAGAGUUGUCACUGCUUCUGUGGAUAAGAUAGUACUAAAGAAGCCAAUUAGUGUUAACAUUGAUCUCAAAAUUGUUGGUUCUGUUAUAUGGGUUGGGCGUUCCUCAAUAGAGAUUCAAAUGGAGGUUACUCAGCCCAACGAAGAUGAUAAUGAUUUAGACUCAGUAGCACUAACAGCCAACUUCAUAUUUGUUGCCCGAGACUCAAAAACUGGGAAGGCUGCACCAGUGAAUCGGUUUUCACCAGAAACUGCUCAUGAAAAAUUUCUUUAUGAACAAGCUGAAGCAAGAAAUAAUUUGAAAAGAAAGAAAAGAGGAGGGGGAAAAAAGGAGUUUGAGAAUGGAGAAGUAAAAAGACUUGAGACCCUAUUGGCUGAGGGAAGAACUUUCUGUGACAUGCCAGCCUUAGCUGAUCCAGACAGCAUUCUUCUAAGGAAUACAAGCCUUGAGAACUCUUUAAUAUGCCAGCCACAGCAAAGGAACAUCCAUGGUCGAAUAUUUGGUGGCUUCUUGAUGCAUCGUGCAUUUGAUUUGGCUUUCUCAACCGCAUAUGCCUUUGCUGGAUUAGUUCCUUGUUUUCUAGAGGUUGAUCAUGUUGAUUUCCUAAGACCUGUUGAUGUGGGGGAUUUCUUGCGUCUCAAAUCCUGUGUUCUGUACACUGAGCUUCAUGACCCAGAUCAGCCAAUAAUCAAUGUUGAAGUUGUUGCCCAUGUUACCAGACCUGAGUUGUGUUCUAGUGAGGUAUCAAAUACUUUCUAUUUCACUUUCACAGUACGUCCAGAAGCGAAGGCAAUGAAAAAAGGACAUGGACUUCUAAAUGUGGUGCCAGCAACUGAAGAAGAAGCACAGCGAAUAUUAGAGCGCAUAGAUGCUGACAACUUGCACGAGUUUUUUGGAACAUCCAAUUAUGUGGUUAUGUGA